UCAUGACAACCUUGACUGGUUAAAAGAUGAUAAAAUAAAAGAUAAAUUUGGGAAAAGAAAAUUAGAUCCAGACUAUAAUCCUCGAACGUUAUAUGUGCCAGAAAGUUUUAAGAAGAAUCUCACUCCGGCCAUGAAGCAAUGGUGGGAUAUGAAAAUAGAUCAUUAUGAUACAGUCUUGUUCUUUAAAGUUGGUAAGUUUUAUGAACUUUACCAUAUGGAUGCCGUUAUUGGUGUGAAAGAGCUUGGAUUGUCAUUUAUGAAAGGAGAAUUUGCACAUUCAGGAUUUCCGGAAAUCGCUUAUGGCCGAUUCUCCGAGUGUUUAGUUCAGAAAGGCUAUAAAGUGGCUCGAGUGGAACAAACCGAAACACCUCAAAUGAUGGAAGAGCGUUGCAAAAAUAUGAAUCGACCAACAAAAUUUGAUAAAGUUGUAAAUCGAGAAAUUUGCCAAGUGACAACAAAAGGAACAAGAACUUUAACAUAUCAAGAAGAACCUAUGGGACCAGAAAAUAAUUUUUUGUUAGCUAUAUGUGAAAAGCAUUUUGAAGACUCUGAAAAUGAACUAGAAUAUGGCAUAUGUUUUGUGGACACAACAAUUGGAAAAUUUACUCUUAGUCAAUUUAAAGAUGAUCGACAUCGAUCAAGAUUGUUGACUUUAGUAGCACUUUAUCCACCAGUUGAGAUUAUUUAUGAGAGGUCAUCUGUUUCUAAAGCCACUUUGCAACUGCUGAUUAAUAAUUUAAGUAGUGUUCCUAAGGAAGCUUUGAACUCGGGAUCAGAGUUUUGGGACUCGACUAAAGUCUUGAAGUAUCUUUCUGAAAAAAAGUACUUCAAGGAAGGAGAUGCAGAAGAAAUUCCUGAUGUUUUGAAAAACAUGCUUGAUGAAGAUGACAGAUUGCAACAAACUCCUUUGAAGCAGUAUGAACUUGCAUUUAAAUCCUUAGGUGCUUGCAUUUGGUACCUUAAAGAAUGCUUUAUUGAUGAUAGUUUAGUCACCAUGAAAUUAUUUGAAGAGUACCACCCUGCAGAUGGAUUUACAAAAGAACCUACAAAAACAAGAAAUUUCAGCAAUCAGCAUAUGGUUCUUGAUGGUACAACUCUUAAUAAUUUGGAAAUAGUUCCAAACAAUGCCUCAGAAAAUGAUGGAAGUUUAUAUACCACAAUGGAUUUUUGUUCUACAAAGUUUGGCAAACGGUUGUUUCGUUAUUGGUUAUGCUCACCAUUAUGCAACCCAAAAUCCAUAGCUGACAGAUUAGAUGCUAUUGAAGAUUUGAUGAAAAUACCCGAUGUUGUCGACCAUGUAACGACUAGGUUGAAAAAAAUUCCUGAUUUGGAACGAAUGUUAAGCAAGAUUCAUUCGCAAGGUAUAUCUAGAUCAAAAAGCCAUCCUGAGUCAAGGGCCAUUUUUUAUGAAGCUGAUAUUUACAACAGAAGAAAACUCCAAGAUUUUCUUUUAACUCUAGAUGGAUUCAAAGAAAGCAUUGAUGUCAUAGCAGAGUUUGAAGGCCAUGCAGAUCAUUUCAAGUCCCGUCUUCUUAAAAAAUGUGUCAAGACUGCAGAUAAUGACGGUAGCUUUCCGAAUCUCUCUGAUGCCCUAGACUAUUUCAAUCACGCCUUCGACCACAAGGAGGCAAAAAAAGAAGGAAACAUAAUUCCUUGUAAAGGUGUCGAUGAAGAUUACGAUUCUGCCUGUGCUGAGCUGAGAAAAGUAGAAGGCGACCUCGAUGACUAUUUGAAUGAAUUGAAAAGAAAGUUUAAUUGCAAAGUUUCCUACGUCGGCAGUGGCCGCACGCGAUUCCAAGUCGAAAUCCCGGACAAUAAAAAAGUUCCCGAAGACUUUGAAUUUCAAGGCGCAAGAAAAGGCUUCAGAAGGUUUUAUACGGAUGAAGCGAGAGGUUAUUUAGCCCGCUACAUAGCAGCCGAAGAGAGCCGCGAGCUAGCGUUGCGUGAUGUGUCACGCAGAAUUUAUGCCCAUUUUGACAAAGAUUAUGAACUAUGGAAAUCUGCUAUUCAUUGUUUGGCCACGAUUGAUGUGUUGCUAAGUUUGCACCAGUAUAACAGGUCCAGUGAUGUCUCGAUGUGCAGGCCGGAGUUUGUGCUGCCGGAUGAAGACACGGAGCCCUUUUUAGAAAUCGUUGAGGGAAAGCAUCCAUCAUUUUUGAAAUAUUUCACUGAUGAUAGCUAUAUACCUAACAGUGUCUACAUUGGAUCUAAAAUGAAGGAAGCAAAGGAAAAUAUUAACAGUGGUGGAAGAGUAGUUCUCGUGACUGGACCGAAUAUGGGUGGCAAGUCUACGUUAAUGAGGCAAGCUGGAGCGUUAGUCAUUAUGGCUCAAGUAGGUUCUUUCAUUCCUGCUGUCUCAAUGAAGUUGACACCUGUUGAUCGUAUAUUUACUAGAGUUGGAGCAAAUGAUCAAAUUAGUAAAGGAGAAAGUACAUUUUUUGUAGAAGCGAGUGAAACAGCAAGUAUUAUUCAUCAUGCUACACGUGAUUCCUUUGUUCUUGUUGAUGAAUUGGGCCGAGGAACUUCUACUCAUGAUGGAACAGCCAUUGCAUAUUCUGUCUUAGAUAAUUUAGCUAACUCCAUAUGCUGCAGAACAUUGUUUUCAACUCACUACCACAGUUUGGUGGAAGACUUCCAUUCUCAUCCGACUGUCGGACUCGGACAUAUGGCUUGUAUGGUGGAAAAGGAUAAUGAUUGUCCUGCCUUGGAAAGAAUUACUUUUCUGUAUAAAUUCAUAGAUGGGGCCUGCCCAAAAAGUUACGGAUUUAAUGUUGCUUUGUUAGCGGGUGUUGCUAACGAUAUUGUCCAGAAAGGUUUUACAAAAGCUCAAGAAAUGGAAUGUGUGCCUAGAAUAUCUAAGCUUUUAAAGAAAUUUUUAUCCAUAAAAGAAGCUUCUGACAUCACAAGUGAAAUACAGAGGAGGGUAGCUGCCAUUUAAUUCGGUAUGGAAAUGAAAUGAGUGUGAAAAAUUGUGAUCCAAAUAAUUGAAUGAACUUUUCCAGCAUUUAGAUGCAGCCUCUCUAUUAGAUGCAAAUCUCUCACUAAGUAUUGUGGAAGGGGCAUUGUAACCAAAAG